GCACUAUCCCCUGCUCACCCUCGUUCAACUACACAUGGAGAAGUUAAUUUGUACUGUACUCCUCCUCCUUGCACCGCCUGUAGUUGUUGCAGCCUGUUCAUCAAACCAUGUUCCGGCCAUCUUCGUGUUCGGAGACUCCAUCUUUGAUGCUGGAAACAACCACUUCAAUAAGAACUGCACCGCACAGGCAGAUUUUCCACCUUAUGGCUCUAGUUUCUUCCACCGGCCCACAGGAAGGUUCACUAAUGGAAGAACCGUAGUUGAUUUCAUUUCACAAUUUAUUGGGAUUGAUUUGCAAAAACCAUACAUGGAGGUACAUUUAGAGUUCCUGAAUGGAACUAGGAAACAAUAUCCCACAAAUGGCAUUAACUUCGCUAGCGCAGGCAGUGGUGUUUUGCAGGGAACAAACAAGCUUUGGGGAGUGACACCAAUCCAGGAGCAGCUACAACAAUUCCAGGCACUGGUGGGGCAAAAACAUGUAGACAAAAAUCUGAUCCAGAAAUCUCUCUUUUUCUUUGAAUCCGGCUCGAACGACAUAUACAACUACUUCCUUCCGUUUGACAGCCCAACCCUGGAUCCGGAUGCCUAUGUGCAGGCCAUGUUGACAGAAGUAGGCAGUGUAAUUGAUCUAGUCUACAAGCUCGGUGCACGUCAAAUUGCAGUAUUCUCCCUAGGUCCCAUCGGCUGUGUUCCAGCCAGGGCCCUUAUUCCUGGUGCACCAAUUGAACGCUGUUUUGGGAGAAUGAAUGUUAUGGUUAAGAAGUAUAACAAGAGGCUGGAGAUUCUGGUGAAUGAUAUCCCUGUUAGGUACCCUGGUGCAAUUGGUGUCUACGGUGCAGUUUAUGAAGCUGUCCAACACUUCCUACAAACUCCAGCUCGUUAUGGUUUUGUUAAUGUAACAAAUGCGUGCUGCGGGGAUGGAACUCUGGGAGGACUGGUGCAGUGUGGCCAGGAUGGUUACAAGAUUUGCUCAAAUCCUAAUGAGUUCUUGUUCUGGGAUUACUUCCAUCCUACGGAGCAAACAUACAAGCUCAUCUCCAAGGCUUUGUGGGGUGGGAAGAAACCUCGCAUUAGGCCGGUUAAUCUCAAGUCUUUAGUCAACCUAACCAUUUCUCAUGUUUGAGCACAUCAUCACUGGAUUCUGUUAUACAAUUUACCUUGAAUGAUCAGUGGUUUACAUGAUAUAUGUUGUAUCUUUGAUCUCAGUUAAAGAAUAAAUUAAUAAUAGUAAU